CAGCGUGUUCACGAAACCUGCGGGCGAGCCCGUAGACGUUGAUCAGGCUUCAAGAUGGUGGAAGCCCUGACAACUCAAGAAGCCGUGGCGGUAGAGGAGUUCCUGGCUGAAGUGAGAUGUAGAGAACAGUCCCAGAAUGCCACCCUCGUCAGUCAAAUCACUGCCGUUAAGUUCCUCAUGGCACGCAAGUUUGAUGUCUCUAGAGCCAUAGACCUCUUCCAAGCUUACAAGAAUACUAGAAUAAAGGAAGGCAUCUACAAUAUUAAUCCUAAUGAAGAACCUCUAAGAACAGAGUUAUUGAGUGGCAAAUUCACAGUUCUGCCAGGGCGUGAUUCGAAGGGGGCUGCCUUGGCACUCUUCAUUGCUCGUCUCCAUCGGCCUGACUUGACUACCCAUAAGGCGGUUCUUCAGGCCAUCAUAUAUCAGCUGGACAAGGCCAUAGAAAACAUUCAGACUCAGAGAGAUGGUCUCAUAUUCAUCUAUGACAUGACAAACUCCACUUACUCCAACUUUGACUAUGAUCUCUGUGUCAAAAUUUUGAAGCUCCUCAAAGGAGCUUUCCCUGCCCGGUUAAAGUGCGUGUUCAUUGUGUCGUCGCCACUCUGGUUUCGAGCUCCAUUUGCUGUACUGCGCCUGUUCGUGCGAGAGAAGCUCAGAGAAAGAGUGUGUACAGUAAAAGCUCAAGAACUGGCUAGCCAUAUCCCAAUCAGCUCCCUCCCAGAGCACCUGGGAGGCUCGUCCCAGUACAACCACAUUGCAUGGAUCCAGUCCUGUAUCAACUCCAGCCUCAACAACCCCACUAACUCCCCCUAUGCCACACCAGACUGCCUGGGCGGCCUGCUUGGCUCAUGCUCCCCGCUGCCGAACCAGACCGCCAACGCCAUCCCCCAUAGUGGUAAUAGUACCACCCUGCUGAGGGAUGAACUUAACUGCAACUGUCCCCUCCUGGAUGAUGGGAAUGCCAACUUGCAGAACCUCAGGCACGCCCAUUGGAAUGGCUCAGCCCUGCCAGGGUCAGGGCUUGUCACGCAUCCCAACGUCAACAUCCUGAAUGGCCACAGCUGUGGCCGGCAUCCACCACCCCAAUCGGACACACCUCCGGACACGCCCCUACACCAGAAGCAUGCCACUGAAACAGGGGCAACGAAAGGGGGCGUGUUGGCUGAGGAUCUUGGGCAAGACGGUAACGGCGCCGAGGACAGCCAUCGGGAAUGCGACAACUUUGAAGAGGAAGCGGAGACAGGCGACGGAGUCCCUCCCCUCCCACAGAAGUCCGCCAGGCCAACGCCCUUGUCACGCAGCCCUGAGGAUGGGAUCUGGCUACCGGGAAUGACAGGGGAGGGCCUUGUGAUGUCGAUACACAUUGCAGAGCCAGGAGGCAUGACCAUGCAGGAACUGGUGCAGCACGUAAAAAGCAAGAAGAAGAAAGGAAUCUACCAGGAGUACGAGGAGAUCCGCAGAGAACCACCUGCUGGGACAUUCAACUACUCCAAGAAACCAGCCAACCAGAUAAAGAACCGCUAUAGUGAUGUCCUCUGUUUGGACGAGUCACGUGUCCGUCUUUUCCCAGUCAAUGAUGAGGAUGAUGAGACAUCUGAUUACAUCAAUGCAAGUUUCAUGGAUGGCUACAAAAUGACAAAAGCUUACAUUGCCACUCAGGGGCCAUUGCCAAAAACCUUUGCCGAUUUCUGGCGAAUGGUGUGGGAGCAAAUGGUAUUAAUCAUUGUCAUGACGACAAGAGUUAUGGAGCGAGGGCGGGUGAAGUGCGGGCAGUACUGGCCUUUGGAAGUGAGCCGCACAGAGGAAUAUGGCUACUUCCUGGUGAGAAAUGUCCAUACUGAGACAUUUCAGGAUUUUAAGAUCACACAUCUGGAGCUCUAUAAUAGCCAGACUGGGGAGUGCAGAGAGGUGUCUCAUUACCUGUACGUGAGUUGGCCGGAUUUUGGGGUUCCAAAGUCUGCUUCCGCCAUGUUGGAUUUCCGGGCACGGGUGAAACAGAGGCAGGAGCUUGCAUUACAGACUUUAUAUCCUCAUUGGACAGGACCCCCAGGAGGUCCUCCUAUAGUUGUCCACUGCAGUGCUGGAAUUGGAAGGACAGGCACCUUCUGCACGCUGGACAUCUGUCUGUCGCGCCUGGAGGACAUCGGCACGGUGAACGUGAAGCGGACGGUGCAGCGCAUGCGCAUGCAGCGCGCCUUCAGCAUCCAGACGUGGGACCAGUACUACUUCUGCUACAAGGCUGUGAUAGAGCAUGCGCAGCAGACAGGGCGGCUACUGCCCAUCGACUGGUCUGACACCGAGCCAGAGACGGACAGCGAGUGAAGCAGAAAGCUCCACCAACGGGAGAAAUGGAGAGAGAGAGAGCGCUGAGGAAGAGUUACUGAAAGAAGAAUUGUGUGUCAUGCUCCUUUUUUUCCCCACCUCCACACACUUGGCUACAGGAGGAACUUCUGGCCUUCAAGCCCAGAGCUAGGAGAGAAGCGUGGGAGGAUCGGACGCUGAAAGGAGAAAAAGGUGUGCAGGAAAGGAUAUUACCCUGCUACUUCUCAAGCUGCUUAAACAAAACAAACAGAAAAAUACUGAUCUGGGUAAGGUCAGUGAUUUAUGGCUUGAUGUACGAGUUGUAGCAUUUUUGUUAUCAUUAUUAUUAUUAUUAUUACUAUUAUUAUUAUUAUCAUUUGUAUUAUUAUUAUUAUUAUUAUUUGUAUUAUUUAAUUAUUAUUAUGAUUUUCAAAAUUUAUUAUAUAUAUUGACUUGCACAUGUGGAAUGACAAACUUGAAUUAUUACACAAUUUACCUGUUUUCUUUCUUGAUACUUGUAUUACCUGCUUAAAAUAUUCAGAUCAUAAUGUCACACAAAUGUCACACUCUUCUGAAAACUGUGUGAAGAUGUAAAACUUGAAAAAAAAAAUCACCAUCACAGAAUGGUAAGUUGUGUUGGUGUCUGUUUUAUUCAUUUGUUUAUUUUUAUUCAUCCAUUUAUUUAUUUAUUUAAAAAAAAACAAAAACAUUUUGCAUACCUAAACUAACCGUCAAGCCAAAGGGAUUGCGUUGAAUGCUUGGAUGUAUGGGUCAUAUAUUGUGGCUUAAACCUUGUAUAUUCUUGUACAUUUAUAUAUUGUGCAUAACAUUUAAAAAAAAUGGUUUGUUUUAAUAUAAUACUCUAAUGCCCUUCUGUAUCUGAUAUUCUUCAGAUUU